CCGGUUACUCUCUCUUUCUGCAAAACAAAAGGAAACCCUAGCAGUAUCACACUCUAACAGAGCCAUAACAUAACCUCUUUGAAAGUCGCCGCUUGCUUUCUCCUCGUUCGCAUCUUCACCCUCUCUCUCAGAACGAUGAAGGUGAUCGCCGCGUAUUUGUUGGCCGUGCUCGGAGGCAACACCAGCCCCUCCGCCGCUGACAUCAAGGAAAUCCUUGGCUGUGUUGGAGCAGAUGCCAAUGAUGAUAGGAUUGAACAAUUGUUGUCUGAAAUUAAGGGUAGAGAUAUAGUGGAGGUCAUUGCUGCCGGUAGGGAAAAGCUGGCCUCAGUGCCUGCUGGUGGUGGUGGUGCUGUUGCUGUUGCGGCCGCU